UGACUAGCAGGCUGGUGCUGGCUCUGCUGACUUGGGCUCCCCUCCUGCUUUAAGUUUAAAGAGAAUAAAUAACCUGGAGCUUGUCAGUGAGCCGGUGACCUUAACUACAUAAACAGCUCCCCUGCAAGGUUCUGUUUGUGCCUCCAGUGGCUUCUUGCCUACUUAGGACAGGCGACACUGACACUCCAGCUGCCUGCCGGGAGAGGAGAGGUGCGGCCAGUCAGAACUGCUUCUUCUCAGAAGUCUCAGGGACCUGAGUGAGAACUGCUGUGAGAGUUCCUGUGGCUGCUAGGCUGGUCCUGGAGCAUGACCCUCAUCUCCUAUUAAUCAGAGCUAUCUUGGUGAGGACACUCAGAUCCACAGGCUGUGGCUGACUCUGACUGCCUCUCAGCAGUGUAAGCUGUGACUCCCAGGUACCCUGCACCUGCCAGCUGAUGCCGCUCCCCUUCUGGUGAACCCCUGUUCCCCAGCUGAGGCUCAUGCUGGUUCUUCAAGUCCUGAUAUGUUCACCUGUCACCGCUUUUGUGGCCACAGUGACUCAUGAAGCGCUUUGGAAGUCUGAGGGGCAACAAGAAACCCAAGGACCAAAACGGAAGCACCCAGAGGCGCCAGUCGGAACCCCAUGGCCUUUUUGCCUCCAGCGUCUCCUCUUCUCCAUCAACACCCACCCAAGUGACCAAGCCACACCCAUUUCCUCUGGAGUCCUACAAGCAAGAGCCUGAACGCCUAGAAAACCGCAUCUAUGCUUCCUCAUCCCCACCUGACACUGGCCAGCGCUUCUGCCUGGCCUUUCAGAGUCCAGUGCGGCCUCCACUGGCAUCUCCUACUCACCAUGUCCCCCUAAGAAAUCGGAAGACUCAGAAAGUGGUGUUUAUAUGCGAUUCAUGAGGUCACACAAGUGUUAUGACAUCGUUCCAACCAGUUCAAAGCUUGUUGUCUUCGACACUACAUUGCAAGUUAAAAAGGCCUUCUUUGCCUUAGUAGCCAACGGAGUCCGUGCAGCACCUCUGUGGGAAAGUAAAAAACAGAGCUUUGUAGGAAUGCUCACGAUUACAGACUUCAUAAAUAUACUACACAGAUACUAUAAGUCACCUAUGGUACAGAUUUAUGAAUUAGAGGAACAUAAGAUUGAAACAUGGAGGGAGUUGUACUUACAAGAAACCUUCAAGCCUUUGGUGAAUAUCUCUCCAGAUGCAAGCCUCUUCGAUGCUGUAUACUCGUUGAUCAAAAAUAAAAUCCACAGAUUGCCAGUUAUUGACCCUAUCAGUGGGAAUGCACUUUAUAUACUAACCCACAAAAGAAUCCUCAAGUUCCUCCAGCUUUUUAUGUCUGAUAUGCCAAAGCCUGCCUUCAUGAAGCAGAACCUGGAUGAACUUGGAAUAGGAACGUACCACAAUAUUGCCUUCAUUCACCCAGACACUCCCAUCAUCAAAGCCUUGAACAUCUUUGUGGAGAGACGGAUAUCAGCACUGCCUGUGGUGGAUGAGUCAGGAAAAGUUGUAGAUAUUUAUUCCAAGUUUGAUGUAAUUAAUCUUGCUGCUGAGAAAACGUAUAAUAAUCUAGACAUCACGGUGACCCAGGCCCUGCAGCACCGCUCACAGUAUUUUGAGGGUGUGGUGAAGUGCAAUAAGCUGGAAACACUGGAGACCAUCGUGGACAGGAUAGUGAGAGCCGAGGUCCAUCGGCUGGUGGUAGUGAAUGAAGCAGAUAGUAUUGUGGGUAUUAUCUCCCUGUCAGACAUCCUGCAAGCCCUGAUCCUCACACCAGCAGGUGCCAAGCAGAAGGAGACAGAGGCUGAAUGACCACCGUAGAUGCCCUCACAGGAGAACUUGAACAAAGUCUCGGGGUCACAUUUUGCCUCAUGAACACUGGCUGCAAUAGAAGAUAAAAGGCUAAGAAUGUAUAUCAGGGUUGGCAGUGGGUAUUUUCCCAGUGAUUUGUAAGCAUAGGAAAAGAUUUAUGUGCUUGAAGAAGAUUCAGGCUUGCGUUCAAAGACUGUCCUCAGACCCCCGUCCGAGGGAUUUCAAUGCUGUAUGUCAUUAAAGUGCACUGUGUCCUGAAAUUAGUACUACUUUUCAUUUCAAAGAAGUCACUGGGAUGGAACAGGUGACUGAAAGUGAGUGAAUGGCACGUCCAGAUCACGGUGCCUUAUGUCCAAACAUGCAAUAUGUCACCGCCGCUCCGCUCGGCCCAAAGUGCUGCUGAAGAGACACCCAGCCCGAAUGUGAACAUCUUCAAACCUUUACCCAGUCUCUUUCUUUUCACUCAAUUUGUUGAAAGGUUGUCAUUUUAAUCUAGGCAACUGAGAACUGGAGGUGAUGGGUCUAAGUGGUGUGUGUCCUGUUCUGGCCGGUGAGGCUGGCUUGGUAGCAACAGUUUAUUUUUACUCUCCUGCAGUUUUUUUUACACCUUUUGGUGAAUGGACUUCACCAAACCUACAAAUAAAAUCUUGGUUGUUCUCUGAAA